UUUACUGGAAAAGAUAAAAUUAAAAGAAUUUGUGUUCAUUUCAUUUUGCUUUGAUAUUUGUUUGUUAAAAAAGCAUUUAGAAGUACAAGAUUCCAAUAUUGUGAUUUUUAUAAAAAUUAUUAAUAUAAUGGAAUUAAACAGCACGAGUUCAUGCAUAAUUUGUGAAAAAAACGACAAUGUGCCUUUAUUUUACGGCGAUUUUCUAAAGAAAUCAAACAUUGGAGCUCAUUACUUUUGUUUGCUUUUUUCGUAUAAUUUACAACAACUUGGUAAAGAUAAUAGUGGUAUACUCGGAUUUCAAAUAAAGGACAUCAAAAAAUAUGUGAAAAGUAUUAGAGACAAUGUUUGUAUUUAUUGCAGUGGGAGAAGUGCGUCAGUAAAAUGUUACAAAUGCGAAAAAUAUUUUCAUCUUAUUUGUGGAUUUGAAAAUAAAUGUCAUUUUCAGUUUAUUGGAUUAUUUAAGAGCUAUUGUCACCUGCACAUUCAAAUUAAACACGAAUAUAGUCAUUUAGAUAAUCAAUCAUGCGGUAUAUGCCUACAGGUAAUGGGUAUUUAUCAUCCUGUGCUAUCAAUAGCUCCCAAAUGUUGCGCCAAAAAAUGGUUUCAUAGAUCAUGUUUAAUGCGAUAUGCAUUGUCUGCCGGAUAUUAUGUAAAAUGCAUGUGGUGUCAGAAAAAAGAGUUCCGUGACCAAAUACGUUUAGAUGGCAUAUUUGUUCCUGAUCGUGAUGCUUCUUGGGAAAAAGAACCUAACGCUUAUUCAGAUUUACACCGACCACACAGAAAAUGUGUUGCAGAAGAUUGCUUAUGUCCAAAAGGGAAAGAAUAUAAUAAUUCUAGUUCUAGAUUAUGGGCUAUAAUUUUAUGUUGUAUGUGCGGGGCUUAUCCGUUGCAUGUAGGUUGCUAUCAAAGCUCAACUGGUAUGGUAUCAUCUGAUUUUGUAUGCAAUGACUGCCAAUUGAUCAGGACAUAUAUUUCUUUAAAUGCAGCCCCUUGCGAUAUGAAUAACGCAAAUAAAACUCAAGAUUUAAAUUUAGCUGAGGAUAAUGUGGAAUUAUCACAAUUGGAUAAAUCGUUAUAUCUAGUAAAAACACUAAAUUAUGACGACUUUCAGACUUAUCACGACAAUCGCAGUACAAAUAGUACUAAAGAAAGCCUUAAAUGCGGGAUCGAUUCUCAAAAUAGUGUAGCUAAGAUAUUGCAUGAUACUGUUUGUAACAAUGAAAAUUUUGAUAUCGCAAAUAGCAUUAGUAGCAAUUCAUCACAAAAAAUAAAUUUAAAACAAUACUUAGAUGGGUUUAUUCAGACUGAUAAACAAAACGCCAAAGUGCAUGGCUAUUAUAUCGAACACGCUAAUAAUUGGGUAGAGUUUUGUUUUGAGAAAGAGACUCUAAGAGGAACUAUCAUUGGGACCUUAAUUUCCCCGAAAAGUAUAAAAUACAAAUAUUCAAUUGAUGAAAUAAUUCCAAAAAUUAUUAAGCUUUAUGGAAAAACUGACUCAUCUUCAGAUUCCGAAACUGAUGUGGAAUGUGAAGAAAUUUUUAUUUCUGUUUUAAAGGAUGAAUUGAAAAAGAAUGGAAUCUCAACUGAAAAUCUGCGGAAACAAAAAAUUAGAAAUAAGGUAAAAGUUCGGAAACACACAAAAAAAUACUUCUUACAAUCGCAGAAAAGGGAAAACCUAAAAGCAAUUGUAACUGCAAAUAGUUUAAAAAAUGAUAAAUUAGACGAAAAAUUUGAUCUAGACAAAAUCAAAAUAGAGAAAUUAUUAUUUUUUGAAACUGAACUUCAUUCCGACUCAAGUCCCACAGAAAGUGAAGAAGAAUUAUUUCAAAAAAUUUUGGAAAAUGAAAUAAAAAAGGAACAGUUAUGCAUCAACAAUCAAAAAGAACAGGUACGGCGCAUCAGUUUUUGACGAUGAGCAAAAAAAACUUCACAGAUGCAUUAUAUUUUUUUACAAAUAAUUGUAAUAUAAUUCAAAUUAAAAUUUUAUUUUUUAAGUUAUGAGUACAAUUAGUUUAAGAUGAAUUUUCCAAAAUAAUUGUCCGUUUUCUAAAGAGUUAUUAAUUUUCUCAAACAUCUUAAUUAAUAAUAAAAAUGGUUUUUAAGCCAAUAUAGU